GUCUGUGUGUGUUAGAUUAGAUGAAACCAAAAAAGUCUCAUUCAGUUGAGAGGAAGAUAUAUUCUGUGAAGGGUUCAUUUUAAAAUACUUUUUCUCACUUUUUUUAAAUGAGACUAUGUGUUUUUCAAAGGGGAAUUUAAAAUUCCCUAUAUUUUAUUGUUCAUAAUUCUGCUGCAUUCAAAAUACACCCAUAUGAGACAUAGCUUUGCUUGUAUCAUUUAUAUGUAGAGUUGCAAUAUAAAUGUUAUAUUCAUGCUGCCUGUGGAUCUCAACAGUGUAUAAGUUAAGACCUUGAUUCAGUGAGACCUGUCCCUGUUUAAAAGAGGCUGACAGGCUGCUUCUGGGGAGGGGAGGAGGAUGAAAUGAGCCCUGCCCUGGCCUGGACUCCAGCCAGAUUCCAACUACAGGUUAAAGCAUUUCUCUCUUUUGAAAUUAUGGGGCAAUAUAAAGAACCUGAGAAUACUUGGGAACAUCAACAUGCUGUUCUAAGGAUUCCUGCUAUCUUUGUGCUAAUAAAUAUCCUCAGAAGAGAGUUUUCUCCCUCACAUUUACAAGGAAGAACUGGGACAACUGCUAACUACACGAUACAAACCAGUGCUGAUGGGGUACUACCCCACUGGAACCAAUCAUCUGACUGCAGACUGAAUGGACAAGCUGGACCACAUCUUAAAAGCACAAAGGUAUUGGUGACCGGAGGUGGAGGCUACUUUGGGUACAACCUGGGGUGUGCUCUCACCAAAUUAGGAAUCACUGUUGUUCUUUUCGAUAUACAAAAGCCUAAAUGGGAAGUUCCUAAUGGAGCCAUGUAUUUCCAGGGUGAUGUGAGGGAUUGUAAAGCACUAUUCCAGGCUUGUGGAGGGGUUGACUGUGUUUUUCAUGCAGCUUCUUAUGGAAUGUCAGGUCUGGACCAACUACAAAAGAAAGAACAGAUUGAAUCCAUAAAUGUCAAUGGAACAAAAGUAGUCAUUGAUGUUUGCAAGCAAAGAAAUAUCCCAAGGCUGAUCUAUACUAGUACAGUGAAUGUGGUGUUUGGAGGGAAUCCCAUUGAAGAAGGAGAUGAGGAAACUGUACCAUAUUUUCCACUAGAAAAGCAGGUUAAUCAUUAUUCUAGAACCAAAGCAAUAGCAGACCAAAUGAUCCUUGCAGCUGAUGGAACCCCACUAAAAGGAGGCGAUAAGCUCCAUACAUGUGUUCUUCGCCCACCAGGCAUCUAUGGACCAGAAGAGCAAAAACACCUGCCACGAGUAUUAAUGAAUAUCCAAAGAGGGCUAUUUAACUUCAAAUUUGGAAAUCCCAAAGCUCAGAUGAACUGGGUUCAUGUAGGAAAUCUUGUGCAAGCUCAUCUCUUAGCUGCUGAAGCUCUCACCCCUGAGAAGGGUUAUAUAGCGAGUGGUCAGGCAUAUUACAUACAUGACGGCGAGAAUGUCAUCUUUUCUGAAUGGAUAACUCCGUUAUUUGAAAAAUUAGGUUACAGUAGGCCAUGGAUACGUAUUCCUGCUUUCCUCGUUUAUAUAGCAGCCACAGUGACGGAAUGCCUGCACCUGGCGUUGAAACCAGUUUUUAGCUUUACACCUUUCUUGACCAGAAAUGAGGUGUGGAACAUCGCUGUAACUCACACAUUCCGAAUAGACAAGGCAUGUAAUCAGCUAGGUUACUGCCCAAAAAAAUUUGCACUUGCUGAUUCUGUGGAUCAUUAUCUUCAAACUAGACCCAAGUGCCAGGACCAUCAUAAGUUCCUUAAAAUCUGGCUUGUCCUUGGCACCUGUUUAUGUUUGAUCUUCUUUGUAUUACUUUCUUAAGCAUACACCUUUACGUAGUUAUUUCAAGGAAAGCCACCAUUAAUUUGUUUAUUGAGUAUUAAUAAACUAAUUUUAAUCA